AUGGCUUUACGGGACAAGGAUAUUGAAAAUUUGUUAGAAAAUGAGUUAUCAGAUGAAGAUGAUCUGCCUAACGAUGAAUGCAGUGAAGUCGAAAGUAAUAUUGACGAACAGGAAGUAGUAGAAGAAGAUUGCGGAUCGGAUUCAGAAAUUGAUGGUGAGGAUGAUCUGGCGUCAUCGGAAAAAGGCCAAACUCAAAAAACUGAAAGCAGAUUAAAAUUCCUGAAGAAAUUAGCCGAACAGCUCACAAGACCACAUAUGGAGCGCCGUGAAAAUAAUCCUCAGAUGCAACGGCAUAUAAAAAUCGCUCUUCGACGUAUACUCCAUCACAAAGACGAGGCGACUCAGCAGAGGUUCCAGGUGGCAGCCAUGCUAAAGAAAGGUUAG